AAAAUAAGAAAGACAAAAAGAAAUAUAAAAGCUCUUAUAUUAAAAACCGGUAAUCUCAUCGAAUGUUGUCAUCAUACAAAAUAAACACAGCUUUUUUUAUGAUUUAGUCGCUCACCAACUUGCAGAUUAAAUUUUGAGCUUUAGGUCAACAAAUUUAAUAACAGAUUGAGCUUGGGAAAUACGCAGUUGAAAUGCUUUCAUUCUAAGUUUCUUAAUCAUUAAAAUUUACUGUCUGUUGAGUCUUGAGACGAAUUGGAUUAAAAAAUUAAAAUGAAUAUUCUUACCUCUUCGAGUGUAUUUACAAUAUUAUUCAUUGCAUUGCAACUGAGAAGCUCGUAUUCCAUAGACUCAGAGCAAUUGGAUGAUCAAUGCAGUAGCUACUGCUAUCAGGUUGGUGAAACCGCUUCUACAAUUUGUAGAUACGAGCAAAGUAAUGGCUACAGAAAAUACCGAGCUCCAGAAUACAAUCAAGCUGCAAGCUGAAAAUAUCACUACUUUAAAUGAAUUGAUCAAGUCUAAGGACACGCAACUUAUGCAGCAGAUCAAAUUGAGUGAAAAGUUCGAACGACAAAUUCUUAAUCAAAAAACACUUAUUAAGUCAAAACUAUUUGAAUCAUGCGAAGGUCGUAACCGUACAGAGCAAAAACUUAUUGAUAAAUACAGAAUGCAAUCGGUUCUUAAAUUAAAAUUGGGUGAACUUGUCAAUCUUGUUGAUAAUUAUGAGCUAAAAGUAUAUGAUCUCAAUGCCUCAGUCAAGAUUAAGGACAAAAAAAUACAAUCAGAUAAAGUAAAUAACAAAGAACUUGUGGAUAUGAUUACGCAUAAUGUUGGAUGGACCGUCAUCCAACGACGUAAAGAUGGCAGCGUGGACUUCAAUCGAUCAUGGUCUGAGUACAAAGAAGGCUUUGGAGAUGAACGUGGCGAAUUCUUUCUUGGGCUUGAGAAGAUUUAUUUGCUGACACAAUCGCAACCUCAUGAGUUGUUUAUAUCCCUAACGGACUUUAACAAUGAGACUCGAUACGCCAGAUACAACCACUUUAUCAUUGGAAAUGAGACUGAGUUCUAUGAAUUGAAAGAGCUGGGAUCGUAUUCUGGUAAUGCUGGUGAUGCAAUGGAACGCCACAUAAACGAAAAGUUUUCAGCAAGUGGAAAUGAUCAUACGUCUGAAACUUGCUCCAAAAUCUAUAGUUCUGGCUGGUGGUUUAAAAAUGGUGGAUGCUAUCUUUGUAAUCUUAAUGGACGAUAUGCCUAUUCCGAUGAAGGCGAGAAUGUAAAAAGUAUUGAAUGGAGAUAUUGGACAUUUCGACCAUUAAAAUUUGUUCAAAUGAUGAUUAGACCAUACUCCUAUUAGUUAAGUAAUUACAAUUUUUUUGCUUUGCUUAUAUCAAAAAGACAAAUUUCUACUUUUCGAACACCUUGCAUUUCAAAUAAAAUCAUAUAUUUUUCUCUUACUAACAUAGUGAAGGGUAACCUAAUUAUUUGAUAUAGUUUGUUUUGUUAUAAAACUCCAAAAAGAUGAUUUAAAAAAAAAUGCAAAUAUAAAUAGUUGAUUCUGUAAUUCAAUUUAAAUAUUUGUUGUUUUUAUUUUAAGGUAAAUUCGCCACUAUGCGCGGAAAGUGUUAGAUGUGCUGAAGCAGACCUUACCCUUAGAUGUGCUGAAGCAGACAAAACUUAUUCAGGAAAGUCAAAAUGCGACAAAAAUUAGAGAGAGGCUAACCAUGCGUAUACUUGACGUUAACCUAUUUCCUACUUAGCGGUAUUUCUAUUUAAGGGCCACACUAUAUACAUAGGUAAUACCAAAAUUUCCUGAGCAGCAUAGUAUUACUGCCUCAAGGUCAGAGUUACAAAAAAAAAAACCAACUGGAUGAGUC